AUGACCAUAAAUAACUCUCUGUGUCAGACUCUGGAGACAGAGAACAGCUACUACAUGGCCAUGGAGCUCUGUGCUGGAGGAGACCUGAUGGACAGGAUCUGUGAGAGGAAGAGGCUGGAGGAGAGGGAGGUGCGGCGCUACACCCGACAGAUCCUCUCUGCAGUGGAGCACCUGCACAAACAUGGCAUCGUACACAGAGAUCUAAAGAUUGAAAACUUCCUGCUGGACGAACAUAACAACAUAAAGAUUGUGGACUUUGGACUGAGUAACACUCUUAAGGCAGAGUCGUUGUCUCUCGAGCUUCUCAACACCCAAUGUGGAAGUCCUGCCUACGCGGCCCCUGAGCUGCUCGCUCACAGGAAGUAUGGACCCAAAGUGGACGUCUGGUCAGUAGGUGUGAGCAUGUUUGCCAUGCUGACUGGGACUUUGCCCUUUACUGUUGAGCCUUUCAACAUCAAACAGCUGCACCAGAAGAUGGUCAAUGGAGAGAUCAGCAGUAUCCCCAGUGAUGUCAGCAAAGGUGCUGUGUCAUUUGUGUUGUCUCUCCUGGAGCCAGACCCAGCCAAGAGACCCAGUGUCAGAGCUGCGAUGGAGGAGAGAUGGAUCAACGAGGGAUAUGCCAAGAAACCACUACACACACUCUCUCAUAAAAACAGGUAG